AUGAGUUUUGAGAAGAUUGGAGAGUCGGAGAUAGAAGGAAUCCGCGCACAUUGUGAUCUCUAUCGUCACAAGAAGCAUGGAUGCCAGUUUCUCAACGUUAAAAACGAUGAUCCAAACAAUACUUUCGUAAUUGCUUUCAGAACAUUCCCAGAAAACGACAAAGGCAUUGCCCACGUUACAGAACACAUGACAUUAGAUGGCAGUAAGAAGUAUCCAGUCACUGGUUUAUUCUUUGAAUUGGCUAAAAGGAGUGUAGCAACAUUUUUGAAUGCAUUCACAUAUCCAGACCUUACAGGUUACCCAUUAGCAUCAAUGAAUGAGGUCGAUUUUCACAAUUUGAUGGAUGUUUAUUUAGAUACAGUUUUCAAUCCACUUUAUGACGAAGAUACAUUCAAGACAGAAUGUCAUCACCUCGAAUUUACAGAAAUAGACAAUCCAGAAUCACCUUUGCAGCACUGUGGCGUUGUUUAUAACGAAAUGAAAGGUGUUUAUUCAUCAGCUGACCAAUAUUUCGAUGAUUUCUGCAAUUUCAACACAUUUCCUAAAACAAUCUACGCCAAUAACUACGGUGGCUUCCCAAAGGACAUCGAAACCCUUACAAGAGAAGAAUUAGUUGAAUUCCACAACAAAUACUACCAUCCAUCGAACUGUUUCAUCAUCCAUUACGGUACAUUCGAUGAAAACAAGAUCAUGGACCAUAUCGACCAGUUCCUUUUGAAGAUUGAUGUUUCAAAUGUUGAUCCAACCAAAGGAUUAUCAUUUUUCCCACCACAACAAGAUGAACCACGCAAAGUCGUCAUCGAUGGCCCAUUAGAUACCUCUGCUGACCCAGAAAAACAAACGAGAUCUUCAAUAACAUGGAUUGUCGGCAAAAGAACUGACAUUGACUUAUGCAUGGACGUCAAACUCCUCCAGAAGAUUCUUUUGGGUUCAGAAGCUUCCCCUCUCUACGAUUCUUUGAUCAAAUCCGAAAUUGGAUCUAAUUUCGUUCACCACUACUUCACGAAAGAGUUCAAACCAUUGACAUUCUCAAUAGGCCUCAAAGGAAUGAAACCAGAAAACAUCGAAAAAUUUGAAAAAACUGUUUUUGACACUUUACAAAAUAUUGUCAAAAAUGGAAUUUCUGACGAUGUAAUCCAAGCUGGUUUACAUGACAUAAAAAUCAAAUCCAAGAAGAUUGGCUCUAACCACGGCUUGAACAUCUUCGAGGACGUAAUUCAUCAGUGGAUGGACGGUUGUGAUGUUUUGUCACUUUUGAACGAUCAUUUGGACGGUUUGACAAAACGUGUUUCACAGAAAGGAUACUUAGAAAACUUGAUUACUAAGUUAUUGAUUGAGAACAAGAACAGAACACUAUUUGUCGUCAAUCCAAGCGAAGAAUUCAACAACAAAAACACGAAAGAAGAAAAACAAAUUUUGGAGAAAGUCAAAAGUGAAAUGACCGAAGACGAUAAAAAGAAUAUCAUUGAAUUAGCGAAACGUCUCAAAGCGAAUAUCGAAAACGAAAGAGAAAACACAGAAACACUCCCUCAAUUCAAAAAAGAAUUUUUGUCUCUUGAACCAAUAAAAAGUGAUGUAAAAAGUGACAAAAAUAUUGAUUUAGUCACAUCUGGCUGCAACGGCAUUGUUACUAUCAGAGUCAAUGGUACUAUUCCUCUCGAGAAAGACAUAGAUCCAACCGUUUUGUCAAUUGCUGUUGAUUGUGUUGAUUCUCUUGGCACUUCUUCAGUUAACGAUACAGAAUUUUCACUUAUGAAGCAGAGAUAUGCAACAGAUUGCUUCUCAUAUUUAGCUGUGAAGCAGGAUAUCAAUGACAAAGACAAGGUGAAUUUAGUUAUAAGAUUAGGAGCGAAAUGUCUUCAAGAAAAUCUUGGAAAAACUAUUGAGAUUUUGAGAAUGAUGGUUGAAAGCAAUUUCUUCAAUGAAAAGAAGUUGAAAGAACUACUUGAGAAAUGGAAUUCUGAUGUCGUUGAUGAUAUCAUUGAUUCUGGCUCUUAUUUCGCCAGUUUGCACUCUUCUAGAUUCUUCAAUAGAAAGACUGCUUUGACUGAAUUAACAACAGGUAUCACAAAAUCUCAAAAAGUGAGAGAAUUGGCCGCAAAAGCAAAUAUUUCUGAAGUCUCUCAAAUCUUUUCUGAAGUUUACAAGAAAGCAUUGAAAUCUGCACUUUUCAGAGCUGAUAUUCACGCAACAGAAAGUGAUUUGAAGAUUUCCCAAAAACAAGUGUUAGAUUUUGUAAAUGAAUUGAAUAAUGGCAAAAGUGAAGUGUCAGAAAGUGACUUCACUUCUGUAGAUAAAUACAUUUCUGAGCAGAAAGAGCAUCAGAAGAUGUUUAUUGCCUUUGAUUCACAGACUAAUUUCAUUGGAAUUUCGACACCAAUUGAGUUUUACACGAAGAAUGCAAUUUUGACAGAAGUUUCUUCUGAAUUUCUUUCUCAAGAAAUCAUUGGACCACUUCUCAGAGAGAACAUGGGAUGCUACGGAGCUCACGUUACUUCUAGAAUGAACUCCAGCUAUGUUUCUAUCUCUUCUUACAGAGAUGGAGCUCCGAAAGAGUCAACAAAGGCUGCAAUCAACGCAAUGAACAAAUCAUUGGCGAAAGUCGAUGAAGAAAGUGUUGACAGAGCAAUUCUCUCUGUUUCUAAGACAUUGGACAGACCUUUCUCUCCUCAUAACAGAGCUCAAGUUGACUUAGAUAUUGGUAUUUCUUACGAAAAGAAGAAGGAAAUCAGAGAAACAGCUUUCAAAGCAACUGUUGAAGAAGUCAAGGAAUCAAUCAACCAGCUCAUCAAUUCUCAGUGGACUUACACUGUAUUGGGUAACAAAGAUAACUUACCUGAUGGUUUCGAACUUAUCAACUUUUAA